AUGUCCAAGCAAUCCAAAUAAGUAAGUGUGCAAUAGCAGAUUCCAUAAAAUACACUCAAUAAGCAAUUAAAUACACAAACCUCCCCAACUCUUAAACCAAAGAUUGAAUCAGUGUCCACAAUCUAAAAACCCCUCCAAAAUUUAUCGAAUGUUCCAACACGAACGUAAGAAGACUAAAUUAAGAGAACUUAACCCAGAUCUCCUAUAAGAUAGACUUUUGAAAAGAAAACAUUGGAAAAUAAAUCAUGCAUUUCAAAUUUUGAUGAGAAGCCAAUUCCCAAGAUUCUUCAAAGAGGCAAAUCUCCCUAAUCUAAUUAAACUGCAAGAAAUACUAAAGCUCAGGAUCAGUAGGCUUCAUAACCUGAAAAACAGUCUACAUAAUAAAAGUAACCAAUUUAAUUCAAAUCAAAUGAACCAGAUUAACUACCUACAAAUUAGUCAAAUACUGAGAAAGCAACACCAAAUCUCAGUAAAUAAUAGGCUCCAGUUUAAUAGAAAUAACAAACCAAGCUUUAACUUUAAUCAAAUCAACUGAAAUCUUAAAAUAAUUAAUAAUAAUAAUAAUCAAUUAGACCAAAAACAGCCACAACGUCUUAAUUAUAAUUAAAAUAGACAGUCCAAUAAGAUUAAUUACUAAAAUCUACUAGAUAGGAUUUAUCAUCAAGACCAAAUACCUAGUAAACCAAGUCAUAGUUAAAUGUUAAUAAAAAAUAAGAAGUUCCUAAUAAACCAAGAUAGCAACCGAUGUUGAAGGGGGAGUAGGUUGUGGAAGAGAAACUCUAUUAAUGUCCAGAGGGAUGUGGAAGGUCAUUCAAUGCUAAGGCUUUGGAAAAGCACUCGAAGAUUUGUAAGAAGGUGUUCCAAUAGAAGAGGAAGGUGUUUAAUUCAUAGAAGCAGAGACAAAUCGAGGCUGAAGACAAUGUAAAAGGGAGAGGAGGGGCGAUGAAAAGGCAGGUGCAGAAACAGCCAAUGAAAUAAGGUUAAAAGUAGUAGUAGUAGGUGAAAAGUGAGAAACCAAAAUGGAAAGCUCAGAGUGAAGCGUUCAGGGCUAUAAUCAGGUAGGCCAAAGGGUAGCGAUUGACAAAAGAGGAGUAGACAUCUUUGAGUGGGGCGAUGGAAAGUGCUUAGGAUUUGGUGUAAUGCAAGUUUUGCAACAGGAAGUUUAAUACAGAGGCGGCUAAGAAACAUAUAGUUUUUUGUGAGACAAAAGCGAAAUAGUGUGGAAAGAGUGGAGUGUAAAAGAAAAAGAAAUGA